AUGAGUAACUUAUUUUAAACAGUAAUUGGGAUUUACAUUUCAUAUUUUUCAAUUGAGGCGAUUCUUCAUUAGCUUUAUAUUGGAAAAGCUAUACGAACCAGUCAUGGAUAAUAUCUCUGUCAAUGACAACUUUAUUAAUACGUUCAUCCAAGGACAAGAAAGUUGUAUACACAACGCUAAUGAUUCCACUGUAAAUCUUUUGACCACUUUUUCUACUGACUGUUUAGUUUCACAUGAUGACCAACAGUUGACCACAUUAGUACCAGCCCCAAAAGUGAUGCCAGUACAAAAACCUGCUGCAAAUAUAAUUCCGGAUGACAAACCCUAUGUUAUCAUUGUUGAUCAACCGAAAACUCAUGGUUUCCGUUUUCGGUAUCAGUGUGAAGGACGGUCUGCUGGCAGCAUUCCUGGAGAGAAAAGUACAAAUGAGAAAAAGUCAUAUCCUACCAUAAAGAUUUGCAAUUACAAAGGUCCUGCUGUUGUAAUUGUGUCAUGUGUCACCAAAGAUGAUCCACCAAAGCCUCAUCCUCACUCCCUUGUGGGCAAAGAUUGCAAAAAAGGAGUCUGUACUGUGAAGUGUUCUGUUUCAGAUACCAUUUCUUUUCAAAAUCUUGGAAUUCAGUGUGUCAAAAAGAAAGAAGUUGCUGAAGCUCUGAAAACACGACAAGAAAUUAAUGUAGAUCCAUUUAAAACUGGAUUUGAUCAUGCACACAAUUUGAAUAUUGAUUUUAGUGUCAUUCGUCUUUGUUUCCAAACAUUUAUACAAGAUUCUCAAGGUCAAUACAGAAUCCCAUUGAAUGCUGUCGUCUCCCAACCGAUCAUUGACAAAAAAACUCAAAAUGAGUUGUCCAUUGUUAGAAUGGACAAAUGUUCAGGACGAGCUUGUGGACGUGAUGAAGUGUUUUUACUCUGUGAGAAAGUUGCAAAAGAUAACAUAAGAGUACGCUUCUUUGAAGAAGACUCUCCUUGGGAAGCUCUCGGGGAAUUUAAUCCAUCCGAUGUCCACCAUCAAUACGCUAUUGUAUUCAAAACGCCACCCUAUAGGAAUAUCAGAAUUACAAAAGAUGUGACUGUAUUACUACAGUUAGUUCGACCUUCAGAUUUUGCAUCAAGUAAUCCAAUCAAGUUCACCUACCAACCAGAAGAUCCUGAUCCAGACAGGAUUGAAGAGAAGAGAAAGCGGAAAGUUCACACAGCAUGUGCUUCAGAUGCGCAAACUAUUAGCAAAAAUGAUCUAAGAAACCGUCUUCGCUUGCGAGCAAUUCGAGGAGGCAAAAGUGAAGUAAUGCCACAUACUUCGAACUAUGAUAUGAAACUUGAAGAACCUAGUAACUUGAACUGUGUAAUGCCUUCUAACCCUAUUCAACAUGAAGUACCAACAUUUCCACCCACUGAUCUAUUUUCAGUAGAGCCAACUUAUGAAAGUUCUAGUUCUAUAUUGAAAGCUUUGGAGUUAUCUCAAGCAGAAGACAUUGGAUUUUUAUCAGAAGACACAUUCAGUAAAUAUCUAUCAGAUUUAAGUUCAACCAACACUUUUGCUAAUAUAACAGAUACACAUGACCUUGCUUUAGAAUCAUUAAAUUUUUAUCAAGAUAAAUUUAAUGUUGAUUCUUCAAGCAGUACAUCACAAUGUGUUGGACACAAUAUUCCAAGGCUUGAUGGCAUUUACAAUAUUAUCAUGGCAUUUAUAGAAAAUAUAUAUUUUUAUCUGUUAUAUUUUCUUAAGUUCAUCAUCAAUGAAGAAUGUUGUUUUCUACAAAUGAAAUUUACUUUGUUGGUGUUUCUAGUGAUAACUAUCAUAAAGAAAUAUGACCAUUUUUGAGAUUCUUCCCAGGAAUAUAUUAACAAACAUCAUUUUUUUUUCAUUACUCUGCUCUUACAUUUCUUCCCAGUGAAGUUGUCUUUUAAUUAAUUUUACUUAUACAAUUAAAGCUGAUACUCUAGUGUAAAGAAUUUCCAACAAAAUUUGUGAAAAGAAUCCUUUUACUUGUAAAUUACCAUUGAUAUAAUUGUAAAAUCUUUCUCUCUUAGAUAUUAUGAUAAAAAAGUUGUUACAUUUUCGCUUUGAGUAGAAAAAGAUGCCAUUGUUGUUAUUUAGUUGUUCCAUUUGGCAUUGUUUAAGAAUAUAUUGGGCACAGAAAUGUGUGAUUGAUUUUUAAAACAAAAUUUUACCCUAUGUAUUUUCUGAACAAUAAUGGGGUUGGCUCUAAGUUUUCAGCAGGUGAGUCACUGUUUCAGGCAUUUCUUAUGGCAAAAGUGAUGAGAGAGGGAUUGUGUAACUGAGGUGGAAUAAAUACCACAAGGUAUUUUUGCUUGAAAGCUGCGGCAACUUUAUCAGCUUCUUGCUGAUAGACAUCAGUGAAAGAUACGCACGCACACACACACACACACACAUACACACACAUGAAUCUUUCCAUCAACUUCCUAGAUGUGGCCACGCUAUUUUACAAAGAGGUAUGUCUUAAUUUUUAUAAGUGAAAAUGCAUUUUUGGUGACUCUAGACAUUCUUUUGUCUACAGCUUGAGCAAUUAUGUAGAAGCUCCUUUAUGUACUUGUGAAAUACCUUUGUUACACCUAAAUUGGAUUUCCUUAUUUUCUAAUCACAAACCAUUUAUGAAACUUAGAAUGGGAUUGAUAGAAUUAAGAGAUAGGUUGCCGUGAAUGCUAACUGUUUAGUAGCAUUGAUCUAAAAAAGAUACUUUUAUUCUUUUACACGUUUCAGUCAUUUGACUGCAGCCAUGCUGGAGCACUGCCUUAAAGUGUUUUAGUUGAUGAAAUCAACCCCAGGAUUUAUUCCUUGUAAGCCUAACACUUAUUCUA